AUGUCUAUCUGGAUAAAUAGAGCUGGUACUGGUAAAUCUAGAAUCCGAAAGACCGCACUUGAAUGUUUAUCAGAUGAUAUGGAUUCGGAAUUGAAGAAUUCCGAAUUUUUGGGUGUUCAAGAUUGGUUUCGAGAAUGGACCCAGUACUCCGAGACUGGUGUUUCUGAUACUAUGAGGAUCACAGGAAAAGGCAGGUUAAACAAAGAAAUAACAGCAUUAAAAGCCAAAGAAGAAAACGACACUGCCACAACCGAGGAAAAAAUUGAACUGUGGGAAAAAGGAAACCCUGAAAUUGAGGAGCAUAUUGAUGGGUCAGGGGAGGUUAAACUUGCUUAUCAAUUUAGAAAUGUAAAAGCCAACACUCCCGCGGGAGAAGUAGGAGACCACAUGGCAUAUUUAACCUUUGACAAAAAAAGAGAUAUGGAAGUCAUUGAAACAACCGAACUUAAAAAGGGAAAAUAUGAAAGUGUUUUAAAUAUGGUGCCAGGAUUUCAAAAUUGGAAAGGCGAGGAAAUUUUUAAACCAGAAAAGCCAACACCUAACGCUAUAACUAUUAAGCCAAGAGGCAGGUUAGAAUUUGCGAGCGAGGACGAUGAUAGUUUAUAUAAAAUGGAUAGUGUUAAUGUGAGCGUGGAUGGUAAAAAUGUCAAUAGUCUUUUAAUUGUAGCCCAAUUUGGUAAAAAGAACCAAGCGGAUUAUGAGGAGAUUAUAAGUAAAAAAAUGACGAGAGACUGA